AUCCAGUUGCGUUGCGUCGCGUUCAGUAAAGGUGAACUGCGUCACGUCACAGCUGUACGGAGAAGCGCUCAGACACGUUGCUUGAGCUGAACGGGACCUGCCUCUGCUGGAAAACUAUUUAACGUACGAGCUACAUAUUGCUAAUUUGCGGGAAUACCUGAACACAUAAUGCUUUAAAAUGAUUCCGCUGUUAAACAUGAAGUUUACGAAACCAAUUCUGUUGCGUGAAUGGGGAAUCGUCUGUCUUGUGCUGAUAAGCGCGGUGUGGUGCUCCGCUUCUGAGAGGAAAGUAUGUCAGGGAACCAAUAAUAAGCUGACUAUGCUGGCACAGCCAGACGAUCACUACAGAGCCAUGGUGCGGAUGUACAGUAACUGCACAGUCGUGCUGGAGAACCUGGAGAUAACCAACGUUCAGGAGUACCACGACCUUUCCUUCCUUAGGAGCAUUGAAGAAGUGGGUGGCUAUGUGCUAAUAGGAAUAAACUACGUGGAUGUGAUACCCCUGGAUAACCUACGCCUCAUUCGAGGACAUGCUCUCUUCGAUGGCAAGUACGGCCUUGCUGUGGUGGCAAACUCCCACAGGAAUGAGUCUUUAAACAACAACAGCAUCAUUAGCGGCCUCAGAGAGCUGCGUAUGAGAAGCCUCACAGAAAUUCUCAAAGGUGGGGUUAAAAUAGCCCACAAUCCUUUGCUUUGCAAUGUGGAGACCAUACAGUGGUUGGACAUUGUGCAGGAUGACAGUGAUGUGAAUGUGUCAGGAGGGACAGACCCUCAGUGCAGACGAUGUGACUCUGGGUGCUAUAAUGGAUCAUGCUGGGCUCCAGGACCAGAGAACUGCCAGACCUUGACUCGGUUGAACUGUGCCGAGCAGUGCUCAAGGAGAUGUAAGGGUCCCAAACCCAUCGACUGCUGCAGUGAACAUUGCGCAGCAGGCUGCACUGGACCCCGACCAACAGACUGUCUGGCCUGCAGAGACUUCCAGGACGAUGGGACGUGCAAGGAUGCAUGUCCACGUCUUAUGCUGUACGAUCCCAACACUCACCAACUUGUUCCCAAUCCUAACGGGAAGUAUAACUUUGGAGCCACCUGUGUGAAGAAGUGCCCUUAUAACUUUGUGGUGACGGAUCACGGUGCCUGCGUUCGAACCUGUAGCAGUAACAUGCAUGAAGUGGAGGAGAACGGAAUAAGGAAGUGCAAACAAUGCGACGGCUUGUGCCCGAAAGUGUGUAAUGGUCUCGGGACGGGGGCGCUUGUUAACACCAUUGCAGUCAAUGCGACCAACAUUGACUCUUUUAUCAAUUGCACCAAAAUAAAUGGGCACAUUACAAUAAUGCAGAUGACUUUUCAAGGGGAUGUUUUUACAAAUACUCCAAGCAUGGACCCUGCGAAACUCGACUAUUUUAAAACAGUAAAGGAAAUUUCAGGGUUUCUGUUAAUCCAAGACUGGCCUGAACACCUCAAUUCCCUCAGUCCCUUUGAGAACCUGGAGAUCAUCAGAGGAAGAACUAAACAACAUGGCACUGUCAGUUUUGCCGCCUUGAACAUACCGCACCUGGAUCAUCUCGGCCUGCGUUCGCUAAAGGAGAUCAGUGAUGGCGACGUGGUGAUCAAGAACAACCCCCGCCUCUGUUUCACUGAAGGCAGCUACUGGCUGAAGCUGUUCCGAUCCGAGAAACAGCGCAUACGAACUGGAAACAAUGCAGCAAUGCACAACUGUGAGCUGCAGAACAGUACCUGUGAUAGUAUGUGUGGAGGGGAAGGCUGCUGGGGUCCAGGGCCGUCUAUGUGCAUCUCCUGCCAGAAUGUCAAGCGUAGGGGGCGCUGUGUCAGUCACUGCAACCUGCUGGAUGGAGGCCCCCGUGAGUACAUGUCAGAGAAUGUGUGUUUGGAAUGUGACCCUGAAUGCAAGAUCCUGAACGGGACGCCAAGCUGCCACGGCCCGGGAGCUGACCAGUGUACUGAGUGUGCUCACUUCAAAGAUGGGACGCACUGCGUGGCACAGUGUGCCCAAGGAGUGCAAGGCCUUAAUAACAGACUCGUCUGGACAUACCCAGACAAAAAUAGACAGUGUCAGCCUUGCCAUGCUAACUGCACACAAGGGUGCAGUGGACCAGGACUGGAAGGAUGUGAACCAAAAGGGUCUCACAUGCCUGUAGUGGCGGCUGGCAUUGUCGGUGGCAUGCUGCUGAUUAUGGUCCUCCUCCUUUUCAUCUUCAUCAUCUUCCGCCGACGACACAUCCGACGAAAGAGGACCUUACGUCGCCUGCUUCAGGAGAGAGAACUGGUCGAACCGUUGACUCCCAGUGGUGAAGCUCCCAACCAGGCUCUCCUUCGUAUCUUAAAGGAAACAGAACUGAAGAAAAUAAAGGUCCUUGGGUCCGGUGCUUUCGGCACUGUCUUUAAGGGUUUGUGGAUCCCCGAGGGUGAGGAUGUGAAAAUUCCUGUUGCUAUCAAAGUUUUGAGAGAGAUCGCAUCUCCUAAAGCCAACAAAGAGAUUUUAGAUGAGGCCUAUGUGAUGGCUGGUGUGGAUCAUCCUCAUGUGUGUCGUCUGUUGGGAAUAUGCCUCACGUCUAACGUCCAGCUCAUAACCCAGAUCAUGCCUUACGGCUGCCUGCUGGAUUAUGUCAGACAGAAUAAAGACAAUAUCGGCUCACAGACUCUGUUAAACUGGUGUGUGCAGAUCGCCAAGGGAAUGAACUACUUGGAGGAGCGUCACCUGGUCCAUCGUGAUUUAGCGGCCAGGAAUGUGCUGGUGAAGACUCCUAACCAUGUGAAGAUCACUGACUUUGGCCUGGCCAGACUCCUGGGUGCAGAGGAGAAAGAAUACCAUGCUGACGGAGGGAAAGUGCCUAUAAAGUGGAUGGCACUAGAGUCAAUUCGUCACUGGACUUACACUCAUCAAAGUGAUGUUUGGAGUUACGGGGUCACUGUGUGGGAGCUAAUGACAUUUGGAUCCAAACCGUAUGAUGGAAUCCCAGCCAGAGAUAUUGCAGAUAUUUUGGAGAAGGGAGAGCGUUUGCCACAGCCGUCCAUCUGCACUAUAGACGUCUAUAUGAUCAUGGUCAAAUGUUGGAUGAUUGACGCUGACAGCAGACCCCACUUCCGUGAACUUGUGGCAGAGUUUUCAAAAAUGGCCCGAGAUCCAUCUCGCUACCUUGUCAUUCAGGGAGAUGACCACAUGUACCAGCCCAGCCCGACUGACUCGAAGUUCUGCAUGUCGUGGAUCAGUACAGAAGAUAUGAAUGGUGUGGUAGAUGCGGAGGAAUACCUGCUGCCCAACAAACAAUUCUUCAAUCAAUCACAACAACAACCCACACCCCAGUAUCACAAUGCAGCAGACAACUACACGAAUGGAGUGAUGCUACGCUACAUUACAGACCCCACACUUAAAGACCUCAUGUUACCAGAGUACAUUAACCAGGAUGUAACCGCAACAAGCAAUAUGAUAAACCCAAACUACGAGGAUCCGGCCCAUGAACAGACAGAAAACGGAUACAUAGACACGUACAGCUGUAAACCCACCGGCCCGGAAUACCUGAACACCUCCUGCUCUACUCUACCACGCUCCCCGUGCGCCAACCUCAACAACCCGGACUACCAGCAGAACUUCCUGCCCUCAUCCACCACCAAUGUUCUAUUCCUCCCCACGACAGAGAACUUACACUACCUGGGGCUCAACACAGUCAUGCAGUCUCACGUACGUUAGAUCGACGGGAUCCGAAUAUAAAUUGCACUGCUUGAACAUAUGGGAGUCACACACGACAUGUGUUAGUACUGCAACUACGUUAAGACAGUGAGGACGUCAGGUCCGGAUACGCUUGAAGGCGACUGCCGUAAUUAACUUGUCAUUGAAACGGGGGUGUGGCUGUGAGACACGAAGCUGUGAGUAAUGUGUUGAAUGUCAAGCUAGAGCACAUUUCAGUAUUCCUGUAUAGUAUGGGUAAUUGUUGAUGCUUUUGAUGAAUGUUGUCGUCUGAUGUAGCUUAAUUUAUUGCACCAUUGUUAAACUGUCAUCAGUUUUGAUUUAGUAAUUAACCUUAGGUAGCAAGUGUAAACCCUGAGUUUACAAACAAAAUUGGAUUGGACAAGUGCAGCAUGUGACAAUCACAUGACUUGUUUUAAUAUCUGCUCGUUUGUGAAAAUAAUCGUUUGGAAAAGUCAAUACCACUCGCAAUGCCCAUUUUACUUCUGCGAUAUACAGCGUUAAAAACAUUUGGGGUUAGAAUGUAUUAAUUAUUAUUAUUUAUUAUAAAUGACUAUUUAUUAAAAUCUACUUUUAAGUGACUUUUUCCUCAUAAUUCUAAGUUAAUAUCUCUCAGUUCUGUGUUUUUUCCACAAAAUAAAAAGAUAACUUGACUCUUUGCCAAGAAGUUCACUUCCAGAAUGAAAAUUUCAUGAUAAGUUACUCACCCCAUGUCAUCCAAGAUGUUCAUGUCUGUCUUUCUUCAGUUACAAAGAAAUUAAGGUUUUUGAGGAAAACAUUCCAGGAUUUUUCUCCAUAUAGCAGACCUCAAUGGUGACCAACGGGUUGAAUGUCCAAACUGGAGUUAAUAAGUAUAGAACUUUUAUACAUAUAUAACUUUAUUUUUUUAAGAAAAUGAUUGAUUGUUUCGCUAGAUAAGACUAUUAUUCCUCGGCUGGGAUCGUGUACAGCCCUUUGAAACUGAGAUUUGGACCUUCAACACACUGAUCCCCAUUGAAGUCCACUACAGAGUGUUUUCAUAUUACGCCAUCAAUCCGGAAGUUAGCCAUUGUGGCGGCACUGAAUGUAAACAAUGCCACUGAACCGAAUGGAACUCCUGUAUGGGCUUGGAAAAAUAAACGAAAGUAAUUCACUAUGUCGUCAUAAUAAAUGGAAGGAAGUCCACGACAAAGAAGAUUGCAGAUCUUACGGAUAUUUACCACCCAUUUUAGAGCUUGACAAUAUGGACUGCCUUGUGGCCCGGUGCAACUCGUACAUUCACCGCACUGCGUUCAUGUUCCAAAAUGUCAUUUGUCAGAAAAUGUUACAUUACACUUUAUAUAUUUAGUCUGUAAAAGGCUGUUAACAGAGGCCAGAAACGCUGAAGACUUAUGCAGGCAGACCAAUCUCACUGGUUAUGAUGCAUAAAGAAUUGGGGAUAUGAGUUUAUAAGAAUAUUUUCUGUUUUCAGAAAAGUUUACAUAGUGUUUUCUUUCAUCUAGCAUCUGUAUACUGCAUUAUAAAGCAGUGUUAAUAAGCAUAGCUCAGCUUUGUGUACAGCAAUAACCAAGAAAACACUAUCACUACUUAUCGUUGAGCCCUGUAUUAACUUUAGUUUGUCAAAAUAUAAUGCCCUUUCCUGCUUACUAAGUCCUUCUUUAUAGGAUUCAGCAACUUCCAUAUGUUUUUCCCUGGUUUAGACAUUAUAAAUUAGUAGAACAACGUCUUUAGCAGUACAUUAACCGUGCAAUCCAUGCUGUUGUUUACAUCCGAGUAUCGCCACAAUGGCAGCGCAUCCGGGUAACUGACCAAAAACGUGACGAAGGUACAAACCCUCUUAUUUUCCUCAGAAAACGUAAUUUCUUUGCGACUUUUUAAAAAGAAAGACAUGAACAUCAUAGAUGACAUGGGGGUGAGUAAGUUAUCAGGACAUUUUAAUUCUGGAAGUGGAGUUCUCCUUUAAUUAACGUUACCUUACGUUCUCACGUAGUGAAAAAUACAUCACGAAGCAACAAGCAAACUGAAAACAAGCCAACAGCCAAGUCAGAGCAGGUCAAUUUAGGUAAGAAACGAAGUCUCGGCUUUCAAAUGGGUCAUUUUUAAGAAAUGUAAACAAUAAAUACCGUUUUGUGGCUCUCUGUGUCGUGACAGAUCGUUGUAGCGCCUCAGUUCAAGCGUGAACCGAUCCUCUCUUGCUCUUCACUGGUUAUAGCAUAAAAUAAACGUGAAUAAACACCAGAAGGUAUUGUUUCAACCGCGGAAAGACGUCAACACAUACAAUUUUUCAAGUUUAAGUCCACCGACGUUACUCUAUUCUCCUGUCUAGUUCGUUUGUUGGACAAGAUCGCAGAUUCGACGUUAUGAUUGGUCAGAUUGCCUGUCAAUCAAACUCCGCAUAAAAUAAAAGUCCCAGAUAAAAUUAGCUUUUCAAUUUUUUAAAAUACAUAUUACAUUGAUCAAAAGUGACAGCGAAGAUAUUUAUAAUGUUACAAAAGAUUUACAUUUUAAAUAAAUAAAUACAUUCAACAUUAAUAAUUAGAAAUGUUUCUUGAGCAGCAAAUCAGCAUAUUAGAAUGGUUUCUGAAGGAACAUGACACUUAAGACUGGAGUAAUGAUGCUGAAACUUCAGCUUUACAUCAUAGAAAUAAAUUACAUUUUAAAAUAUAUUGAAAUAGCAAACCAACCAUUAUUUUAAAUUGCAAUAAUUUUACUGUUUUUGUUGUUUUGUUAUUCAAAUAAAUGCAGCCUUGGUGAGCAUAGGAGAUUUCAUUCAAAAACCUUAAAAUAAUCUUACCAACCCCAAACUAUUAAACAGUGAAAUAUUCAAGUUGAGAAUGUUGAGAAUGUAAAUAACACAAAUGUUUGUAAAUAGAACAAUGUGCACUGUAAACAUGUGUGUCAUUAUGUCUAUGACGCAUUAAAAUCCACAAACACAAUGUGUACUUAGUACAUAAAAGCUACCCGUGGUCAUACAAACAGACCCUUUAACCCUGGACUGCACUUAAUGGACCCACAAAUUAAUUUUUCAACUGACCAUCCACAUUAGGUUUGAAUAAUUUAACAACUGUUAUAUUAAUUGAAAGAAACACUGUUGGGCUAAAAGGCUUUUAGUUGUUAAAAGGCUUUUCUAAUACUUUCUCAUUCUGCUUUAAAUGGCUGAGUUAACAAAUCAGACUGCUUGUUUUCUGUCCCCUGCGACACAUUCACCAAAGUGUGCACUUAGCAGACAACCUACUUGUAAAUUUCUGGAAAAAACAGGCCAUUAUGAUAUUUUAACUCUGCAGGAUUCCAUUAAUAUUGAAUACUUACUUAAAAUUUGUUGGCAACGUCCACUUCAUUGCCCAGAAACGUUGAAUAUAUUUAGAAAGAGGUCUUAAAAUGUAAGUUUAACUGUGAAACCUGUUCUGCUUCACUGUGAGUUACCACACCGGCAUCCGCAUUUAGUAUGUAAAUGUAUUUCAUGUAGCACAAUCCUCCUGAGAUCUACUGUAUUAUGCACCUGUGAAUGUCAGUUUUAGGAUUUUUAGAUUUAAAAUGUGUUUUGAAUCUGUAUGGACACUUUGUUACAUUGCAGUGUUAUUAAAUUGUGUUGAAAUUGAAA